AUGAGUUUGUUGGACGUUGAAGACAGUUAUAACAGUGAUGAAGACGAGGAUUAUGUGGAGCCAGCUGAUGCCCCGCAAAAUGUAAAUGCAGAUCUCAUUGCCAAGGCCGAAGAAAAGGAGAAGAAAGUGGAGGAUAAGCCAACCAAGUACGUUCUGUUCUUGCCAGUUGUUUUGACUUUUAGGCGAAACUUUAUGAUUUAUAUUGUAUUAGACGUCUAAGGUCGGAUGUGUAAGAUAAUGUACGAAAAGCUAUUUGAAAUAAAGGAAUUUGAUGGCUAAAAGAUAAUCAUGACUAUUUCAGAGAUGCGGAUGAGCUGUGGGCCGAUUUUUUAAAGGAUGAUGACGCUUCCACUAGCGAAACAAAGGAAGAGAAGCCAAAAGAGGAAGAAAAAGUGGUAAAGGUCUAUGAUUUUGCUGGAGAACGGGUAGAGUAAGUUAAUUUUUUUGUUUCUACCUUCUGUCUUUAGAGUUGAGACCAAAAUAAAGCCGGGAUCUAAUCCAUUCAAACGUGCGGCACCCAAAUCUGGCUUGGAUUCGGUUCUGUCCGCAUUGAAGAAACCGAAGAAAAUGACAGUAUUGGACAAAUCCAAACAUGAUUGGGGAAAGUUUGUAGAGGAAGAAAACAUUGAGGCCGAGUUGGAGAAGCACAAGAAGAGUAAGGACAGCUUCUUGGACAAACAAAAGUUCAUUUCGUCGGUGGAUCAGAGCAAAUUUGAGAGGGAACGACAGCAAAGGGAGCAAACCCGACAGAGAUAA